AUGCAAGUGAACUUGAGAGAUAGCGUUACAUCUCCCGCGUCUAGGGAUAUUACUGUUCCAUUGGGCAAGGAGCUUAAAGCUGAAAAUCAAGCUCUAAAACCAGUUGAUACUAUAUUGGGGAAGACGAAGGAAGCUGAGACUCAAUUGCCAGAAAAUACUAAAGAACCAACUUGGGUUGGGAUCCUUAGUGGUAAUCGACCAGUUGUGAACGGUAUGCCUUUGCACUACAUUACUCCUGAAGCAGUAGAGGGUAAUCUUGUGGCUAAACUGGACAAAUCAGAUUUAAAAGAUGAAACCCUAAAGUGGAAAUGUGCCCUAAUCAUUUAUGCAAUUGGGUUUCAAUCCGUGGCUAACAUGAAGACAAUUCUGUGUGAGGGACCUUACACAGUCAACAAUAGGCCCAUGAUAAUGAAACAAUGGAGUCAAUUGUUUGAUUUUGAUGCAGAAUUUUUAACUAAGAUUCCUCUUUGGGUUAUAUUUCCCAAACUUCCCAUGAACUGCUGGGGAGGUACCUCAUUGAGUAGAAUAACUAGCACUAUAGGGAUUCCAUUGUUAGAUGAGUGCACUGCCAAACAAACUAGAAUCUCUUAUGCUAGAAUUCUCAUCGAGGUGAAUGUCACUAAACCUCUCCCCAACAAGGUCCCUAUUAUGGAUGAUUCAGGCAACGUGUUUGAUCAGGAAAUGAAAUAUGAUUGGAAGCCAGAAUUCUGUGGGGAAUGCUUAAAAUUUGGGUAUGAUUGUACAAAGAUCCGUAAGAAGGAGGUUAAGCAAAUUCAACAGCCAAAAAGAAUUAGACCACAACCUAUGAAACAAGUGUGGAAAACUACAGGAGUUGUGUUAGCUCCUACACAUAAAUCUAAUCAAGAGCAGCCAAAGAUGAUGAAUGAUGCCUCCUAUGUGUGUUGUUGA